AUAGGUUAAGUUUGGUAUCAAAGUAAUAUUGGACUAAUGGUUGUUUUUGUUUGUUCUGCAGCAAAAAUGUUUGAUCAUGUUUCAUUGAAAUAAAUAUUGUAAACAAAUUUACUGUUAAAGUUACUGCAGUAAAGUUGACUAACAAGAGUUUAUUUACGAAUUAGUGUGUAAACCAGUAUUUUCUUGUACAAAUGGUCUAUUGAUUGAAUGAUCUUUAAUUAUUGAAAUAAGUUGAUUGAAUAUUAUUUGCUACGAUGUCUUUGCAGUUUUGCGUAUCCUCUGAUAGUUUUAAGACCAGUAUCUCAAAUGGGUUGAGUUGUUUUCAACAACGAGAGGAGUUUGUAGAUAUGACUUUAGCAGCAGAUGGGCAUUUUGUUAAAGUUCAUCAAGUUGUUGUUUCCCUUGCCAGCCCAUAUUUAAAAGAACUCAUCCUAUCAGCGCCAUGCCCUCAUCCAGUCGUGUUUUUAAAUAAAAUUUCAUAUCCAAUAUUAUGUUAUAUUCUGGAGUUCAUAUAUUCAGGGGAAGUUAUGGUACAUAAAGAAAGUCUACCCGAGCUCAUAGAAGCUGGCAAAGAAUUGCACAUUAUAGGCCUUCAAGAUAUGGAGAUAUUACAAGAUAAAUUGGAAACCAAUAUGGAACAGAACAAUGCAUCAACAUUAGUGGAGAAACUUCAGCAAUUCAAAUCACAGACUGGACAUAAAAGUAACAUAAGUAUUACAAGUGAUAGCAUUUCAAACACCAAUGAAGUACGUAAGUAUGAAAAAAUAUGUGAUCCUUUUGAGGAAGUUGAAAAUGACCAUCUAAGUGAAGAAAAUAACACAAAAUAUAAACAAACCUCAUCAAAUCAGGAUACUGUCAGCUUAACUCUCGGACCGUCACACAACAACAGUGCAGCUACAAGUAAUUUUGAUUGUAAAACUGUGCAAUACACAUUAUCGAAUCAAGGUUCCCUGCAGCUGAUCUUAAAUAGAUUCAUAUAUUAUUUGCGGUAUUGCCGUAAAAAAUCGGAUCGACCCAUGCGUACAUGGAGAUGUGUUGACUACAUGAGGAACAAGUGCCCGGCUUUGGUUACAACUAGAGAUGACAUUGUAGUCCAAAGGGUCUCAGCUCACAAACAUGGGUUCCACGAUAAGCAGAUAAUGAAGAAAGUUAAGUUAGGCACCAUAUUUACGGCCAUUAGAGAUGCUGAAAAAAAAGGGUUGGAGCAGAAAAAUAAAACUGAUGAUCACUGAUAAGAUAAC